CUCCUGGUACGGCCCAUCUCAUGCGUAUCUUGGAGGACUUCAUCCAUCUGAUUGGAGAGGAUCAGAAACCCUUCCAGAGUUUCCUGGUGGUCACCAACAACCUCAUGAUUACAAUACAGCGAGAGCCCGUGACAGCGGUCUCCAGUGACAUCAACUUCCCCAUGAAGGGCAGGAGGGGAAUGAAGGACUGGGCUCGUUCCGCCGAAGACAAACUCUACAUCCCCAAAGAGGUCUUCACCCUAACCUCUGAAGAAACAGAAACGGAGACCUCGUAUUUUGUCAUCGGAGCCAUCCUUUAUCGAACCUUAGGAGUCAUCCUUCCUGCCCCCAAAGCCCCUGCUGUGAUCAACUCUAAGAUUCUGACGGUGACGGUCCGACCAGAACCCAAACCCAGUGAACCAAUGGUGGUUGUGGAGCUGUCCCCACUGCUUAAUGGCACAUCAGAUCCUCAGUGUGUUGUCUGGGACUAUGGGAACCUGGAAGCUGGUGCUGAGAACUGGGACACAGAGGGCUGCCAAACGCUCGCUUCUGCCGCUGUCCACACCAAAUGCCUUUGCAGCAGGAUCUCCACCUAUGCCAUACUAGCGCAGCAAGCUAAAGACCCGGACAUGGGUCCAUCCAGUAUGCCUUCUGUUCCCCUCCUGGUGGGCUGUGGGGUCUCCUGCAGCGCUCUGCUCAUCCUGCUGCUCAUCUAUGCUGCUUUCUGGAGGUAUAUUCGUUCAGAAAGGUCUAUCAUCUUGGUUAAUUUCUGUCUCUCCAUCCUGGCAUCCAACAUGUUGAUACUGGUUGGACAGUCCCAGACACUCGGCAAGGGCCUGUGUACUGUGACUGCUGCGUUCCUUCAUUUCUUCUUCUUGGCAUCCUUCUGCUGGGUACUGACAGAGGCGUGGCAGUCUUACCUGGCUGUGAUUGGCAAGAUGAGGACACGCCUCAUACGUAAACGCUUCCUGUGCCUGGGCUGGGGUCUCCCAGCCCUGGUGGUUGCUGUGUCAGUAGGUUUCACUCGAGCCAGAGGUUACGGUACACCCAGCUAUUGCUGGCUGUCUUUGGAAGGCGGGCUUCUUUAUGCAUUUGUUGGACCUGCAGCUGUCAUCGUAUUGAUGAACAUGCUGAUCGGUAUUGUGGUCUUCAACAAGCUCAUGUCUCGAGAUGGCAUCUCUGACAAGUCUAAAAAGCAGAGAGCUGGGGCGUCCCUAUGGAGUUCCUGUGUAGUUCUCCCUCUGCUGGCUCUGACCUGGAUGUCUGCUGUGUUGGCCAUCACCGAUCGCCGCUCCACACUGUUCCAGGUUCUGUUUGCUGUCUUUGACUCUGUCCAGGGUUUCGUCAUCAUUACUGUCCACUGUGCCAUGCGCCGCGAGGUUCAGGACGCAGUGCGCUGUCGGAUGGGGGGAUGUAAAGACGACAGUGAGAACUCACCGGACUCAUGCAAGAACGGACAGGUGCAGAUCAUGUCGGACUUUGAAAAAGAUGUGGACCUGGCAUGUCAAACAGUCAUCUUCAAGGAAGUUAACACCUGUAACCCAGCAACCAUCACCGGGACCCUCUCCCGUAUCUCCCUUGAUGAAGAGGAUGACCCCAAGCUGGCGGCCCACCAGGAGGGGGGCCUAGGGGUCAACUUCAGCUCCCUCCCUGGAAACAUCCCCCCUCCCAACCUACUCGUCCAGGUUCCCUCACUGGGUGUUCUGAACGAGCUGAGUGACACCACUGUGAAAAAGGAGGUGAACGUGGAGCAGCAGAUGCACCAGGGGAACCCCAGGAACACGGCGCCUGUCUACCUGUGCACUGAGAGCGGGAUGGGCUGGUCUCGACCGCCCCCUCCUCCCAACACUCUGGAUGGACCUUGUGGGGGAGGGGAGGGGGACUAUAUGGUGUUACCCCGUAGGACGGUCAGUUUAAAACCCCCUCUGCCCCCAGGUCUGGGGCUGGGGCUGGGGGGCGAGGACAAGCCGCUAAACAUCGCAGUGGACGACCCGCCCUUCCCCCCGCCCCCAUCGCCCAUGACCCUCCACCCUGCAGAGAGCGAGGCCUACCCAGCUGACUUCAUCUCCCCGGCGACCACAACAUGAACAUCGGCAUGAACAUGAACCGCUCUUACGGGACGCUCAAGCAGCUCCCCGUGCACGGGAGUCAAGGUCCCCAGGGCCACAUGCACGCUCCGGGCGUCCA